AUGUUUUUGUGCUCUGUUCCAGAAACUGCCAAAGAAGUUCAGAGGCUGCAUUUCACUGUGGAGAACCACAAGGACCAGUUGACCUCAGUGUCGGAGGCAUUGAAGCAGCUGUCGGUCUUGGACUCUCUGAGCAGUGGUUUAGCUGGGCUCAAAUGUUCCCUCCAACACAUCAUCAACAACAGCUCAGUGUCGGACAGAUGUUGUCCUCUGGAUUGGAAACUCCUCGGCUCCAACUGUUAUUUCUUCAGCAUGUCCAGUUUGUCCUGGAACGACUCCAGAGUCUGGUGUGACAAACAUGGAUCUCACCUGGUCAUACUCUCCUCUGACAAGGACUGGAACCUUGUGACCAAUUACACAGUUCCUCAAUUUUACUGGGUCGGUCUGAGUGAUUGGAGAACUGGGAGCUGGGAGUGGGUGAACCAGACUCCGUACACCAUAGAACGCAGACACUGGGUCCCCGGUCAGCCUGACAGCUGGACCCAUCACGGCCUCGGGCCCGGAGAUGAAGACUGUGCUCACCUGCACACGAACGGCCGCCUCAACGACCUGCACUGCUCCCAACGGUUGCUAUUCAUCUGCCAAAAACACAGCAGUAACAUCUGAGCAGAUCGUCCCGGCUCCGCCCGCACGCCACUUUCUGCAAGGUUCACAGAUACAAAGUGAAAAAUGAUCUGAAGUUGAAAACAUCAGUGAUGAGCUGCUGUCAAUAUAUCUGGUGUUACAAUAAACUGUUUGGAA